GAUGCAAAUAUAUACUCCAAAACAGCAAACGAAAGUCCACACAAGACAGAGCAUGAUAUACGCAGUAAGCUGGUGCUGCUGCAGGGAGGUUGGUUUAUGAUGGGAACGGAUGACCCAGGAAUACCACAGGAUGGAGAGGGGCCACAGAGGAGAGUGAGGCUGGACCCUUUUUACAUUGAAGAGCAUGAAGUCACAAACCAGCAGUUCCAACACUUCACCAACCAGACAGGAUACAUCACUGAGGCUGAGCGUUUUGGAGACUCCUUUGUUUUCGAGGGACUGCUGAGUGAGGAGGUGAAGAGCACUCUGUCACGUGCGGUGAGAAAUAU